AUGACGUCAGGAUCCGACAAAGAGAGAGAGACCUUUGUCUACAUGGCUAAGCUCUCCGAACAAGCCGAGCGUUACGACGAGAUGGUGGAGACGAUGAAGAAAGUGGCGAGAGUGAACAGCGAGCUGACGGUGGAGGAGAGGAAUCUGUUGUCGGUUGGGUACAAGAACGUGAUCGGAGCAAGACGGGCCUCGUGGAGGAUAAUGUCUUCGAUCGAGCAGAAGGAAGAGUCCAAAGGCAACGAGUCAAACGUGAAACACAUCAAAGGUUACCGCCAAAAGGUAGAAGACGAGCUCGCCAACAUCUGCCAAGACAUUCUCUCCAUCAUCGAUCAGCAUCUCAUCCCUCACGCUACCUCCGGCGAAGCCACCGUCUUCUAUUACAAGAUGAAAGGAGAUUAUUACCGUUACUUGGCUGAGUUUAAGACGGAGCAAGAGAGGAAGGAAGCAGCUGAACAGUCGCUUAAAGGCUACGAGGCUGCAACACAAGCUGCAAGCACUGAGCUUCCUUCGACCCACCCGAUCCGUCUUGGACUUGCUCUUAACUUCUCUGUUUUCUACUAUGAGAUCAUGAACUCUCCUGAAAGAGCUUGCCAUUUGGCGAAGCAAGCCUUCGACGAGGCGAUUGCGGAGUUGGAUACUCUAAGUGAGGAGUCGUACAAGGACAGCACUUUGAUCAUGCAGCUCCUUAGAGACAACCUCACCCUCUGGACUUCUGAUCUUCCUGAAGAUGGAGGAGAAGACAACGUCAAGACUGAUGAACCUAAGCAAGAACAGGCUAAGCCUGCAGAAGCAGCCACUGAGAACUAA